CCAGACUAGGUACAUCACCGCCUGUAAAAAAAAUACCGCGACUUUGCUGUAAGUUUUAAAAGGCUGGCAUCGUGGAGCACAUAUUCGUCAAUAUUCUUUCAAAAAUGCUUUGCACACCGCCAGCAAUAUCUUUAGUAUCUUGAUCUCCACUCCGUUUUGAAUUUGUAUACUACUUCAUCAUGAUAAUCUUGCGCAUCUGCACCAUCUUCUUUGCCCAGCUCUUUGUGCAUCUGGCGCAUGCUCAAGGCGGCUGCUCGAGGAUUGUCACCCGCCGCGACAUCACGUCUCUGUCGCCGCAAGAAUGGAACCAGGUAUCCAGCGUUCUCCGGCGCAUGAACGAUGACGGUUGGUUCCGGUACUUUGCUGACAUCCACAACCGUGAGUUUGGAAAUAUCCACGGCAACGAUCAUUUCUUCCCCUUCCACCGCCGUUUCCUGCUCGACUUUGAGGAGAUCGGCCAGCGCUACGACCCUAAUUUCGCAGUGCCCUACUGGGACGAGCUGCGCGACUCGCGUAACCCGGCCGCAUCCCCAGUGCUCAGCUCGCGGUUUAUCGGCGGAAACAGCUUUGGCCAAUGUCUUAGAGAAGGUCUACAGAGCGGAUGGACAAUGACGUAUCCUAAUGGACACUGCCUGACUAGAAACUAUGACAGAGGCAACCAGAUGCAGCCGUGGUACUCGCCCGAGUACAUCUACUCGGUCAUGCAGCGCUUCGGUGACAUGCACAGCUUCCGUGAGGCCAUUGAGUUCUCACUGCACGGCAGCGUUCAUCUGGGAAUGGGCGGUGACAUGGCAGCAAUGUACAGCUCGAAUGACUUUGCGUUCAUGCUGCACCACGCCAACCUUGAUCGUCUGUGGAACGAGUGGCAGUCGUGGGGCCACAGCAUGACCAUGGACGGCCGCGACAGAGGCGGCAGCUCUAUCGGUCUUGGCUCCCGACUGCCGCACUACGGCGAUGAUGUUGGCUCGACGAUGCGUCUGGGUGUCAACCGCAUGUGCUUCAGGUACCAGGGCGGCACCAACAGGAGACGGGCAAAUGCCCUGUCGAUGGUUGCCAUGCCCUCUGGCAGCAACUCGUCUGACGCCGACACCAACCUCGGCAAGCUGCCGCUGAACAUUCUGCAGAAGUGGUUCCCCCAGGUGGCCCACGAAACCGCGUCGCUGGGCAGCACCAAUUCCAACUCGGCUAGGGGCUCGAUGGCUUCUGGGCCGGCAUUUGGCAGGCUCUGCAUGCACAAGUUUGACCAGAGAAAGGUUGCGGAAAUUAUGAAGGACGCUCGGGAUUUUGUCGAUGAAAUGAACCGUGUAAACUACUUGUCGCCAUUCUAAAAAAAUAUAUAUAAAGCGCAUGGCUAAAU